AUGUCCAUCAGCCCUAAAUCACAAUAUUCUCUUUGCUUUGCCCUAAGUCUCUUAGGAAUAUUCAAUUCAUUGAUCUUCUCCGAAGGCACCACUCUUGAACUCAUUCACCGUGAUUCCCCUUUGUCACCUGUCUACGACCCUUCACUCACCCACGCUGAGCGCUUGCGCAAUGCUUUGCACCACUCAUUGGACCGUGUCAACUCUUUCAAACAUGCGAACCCUACAAAAUCCUCUUUGAAAACCAACGGCGGAAUCUACUUCAUGAAAUAUUCCAUUGGAACUCCACCAUUUGAGGUUGUCGGCAUAGCCGACACAGGCAGUGACCUCAUAUGGACACAGUGUCGGCCAUGCAUACGAUGUUACAAGCAAAACCCUCCUAUCUUUGAUCCUAGCAAGUCCAAAUCAUACCACACAUUACCAUGCAAUUCCUCAUUUUGCAGCUCUAGAUAUGUAGAAUCUCCGCGAUGUAGUAGGGGCACAUGUCAGUAUUUUUAUGAUUAUUUUGAUAAUUCUCACACUGCGGGAAACCUUGCCACGGAAACCAUAACCAUAGGCAACGAAAACCCUGUCACUUCUUCGAAAACUGUAUUUGGGUGUGCACACGACAGUGCUGGCACAUUCCCGUCGAUUGGGUCAGGCAUCAUUGGUCUUGGUCGUGGCAAGCUUUCACUACUUUCUCAACUUGGUAUCAGAAAAUUAUCUUAUUGCCUGACUCCCAGUCUCAGGAACACCAGCAAGAUUGUUUUGGGUGAAGAUGCUGUGGUUUCCGGUGCUAAAGUGGUUAGAAUUCCUUUAGCAACAAAUUCUUUCGAAUACAGAAUCACAUUGGAGACUUUAAGUGUAGGGGAAAAGAGGAUUGAAUUUGAAAAGCAGGAGGAUGUGAUGGAGGGAAAUAUGGCGGUUGAUUCUGGAACAACAUUCACUUUUCUGCCAACAGCACUUUAUAAUGGUUUGGUGUCUGCUUUGGACAAGACAAUAAGAUAUCCGAGGGUGGUUGACCCACAUGGUGUUUUUAAACAUUGUUAUGAAAUCGGUGAACCAGAGAAAGCCAUAUUUCCCAUUAUCACAGCACAUUUUAAGGGAGGGGAUGUGAAGUUGAAGCCGAUUAAUACAUUCUUUUGGGUGAAUGAUCAUGUGGUGUGUUUGUCAAUGCUUCCCAGUGAAGUCGGUUUCUUUGGAAACAUAGCUCAACUCAAUUUCUGGGUUGGAUAUGAUCUCGAGGCUUCAACUGUGUCCUUUAAGCCUGCUGAUUGUACCUUGUAA